CUGAUCGGUCAUUCGAUGUUCAGCGUUCGUCAGUGAAAACGUUUUUUUCUUCUCAUUUAAAAUUCAAAGUUUUGUGAAUAAAUUGUUUAUAAAAAUUAAUGAAUUUGUUGAGCGGUGCAGUUUAAGUGGAAUUCUUUUUUUUAUUGCUGUGGCAAACGCAAUGGCAUUUUAUAGUGUUUUUUUGUUAUUUGUAAAUUAUUUGAUGGUCAUUUGUGUGGUUGGCCAAGAUAUAGAUAAAGAUGUUGAAAUAAUUGCGGGCAAAAAUCAUCCACAAAAUCAUCCAAUGGAUGCAAAUAUUAUCGGUCAUUAUGCGAGUGAUCUUUAUGGUCCAUCUGGACCGGAACCAAGAGAACCAAAUUGGAGAGCAUGGUCGAUGUUGUGGGCAAACGAAGGUGAUGGAAAACAUGGUGAAGUGAGCUUCCGACAGAUUGGACCUGUAAAUCCGGUAUUGGUGAAUAUAAAUGCGACUGGUUUGCCGCCUGGUAAGCAUGCCGUUCAUAUUCACGCUUUUGGUGAUAUGCGACAGGGUUGUAAAUCAACUGGACCACAUUUACGUGGUGUUUUGAUUGGAAACAUUGACGUUCCUGAAUCGGGUAACCUUGAUUUGUCAUUCUUUAGUCAGCAUAUUCAACUGUUCGGGCAUCGUGGUGUUAUAGGACGAUCCAUCGUGAUACAUGAAAAACCAAUUGAAUUCAACCGUAGCCCAAGCAUCUAUGGUGUGCCUGUUGCCGAGCAAUCCAUUCAACCGGUUUCAUACCAAACCGAAGAAAUGUCUGUCGGCAUGGUUCUUGCGUGUGGCAUGAUUACAGUUGUAGAAAACAAUGCGGCACAAUAAUUAAAAACCUUCUAUUUACUGUUUUGCAUUAAACAAAAUUCCAUUUUUCACGCAUUAAGAACGUACAAA